AUUUGACGUUUAAAAUAUGCGCACUGGCUGGGCUGCCAAAAUCGUUCUCAACUUAUUUUGGUCUGACUAGACCAACAACUUUUAUCUCAAGCUCUCAUUUUCUCGUUUAUUAAGAAGUUGGAGAAUGAGCAUAAAAAAAGCAUUGCUUCCGUUUAAAGUCCGUUUAAAUUCGUCUUAUCGUUUACCACAUUAUGAUAGAUAGUGAAUGGGACACCUUAGUUCAGUGUUAUUUUUUACUACAGUCACACAAUGAGAAUUAUUGCCAUCCUUCAACAAUUAAAAAAAAAAACACGAAGGAUCCAGUUGUUUCUGUAAUGCUUAAUUUCUCUGCGAAAUAAAAGUUAUUUUUAUCGGGAUCUUAUAAAUUUAAUUAAUCAUUGGAUAAUCGCAUUCGCGAGUUUCGACGGAUAGUGUUCUCCCGACGUGCGCACACGAUGUUUGACCGCGGGAGCGUUACGGGCCACAGUUCAUUGCCUUAUGUAAAACUUGAAAUGGUGUUUCUUCCGUGAGUGACCGAAAUAAUACGGUGGCUUAUGUGUACAUUGUGUGUGAGUGUAUUUAAAGUGUUAAAAUGUCGAUUUCAACGGCACAAGUGUUGAUGAAGAAGGGGAAGAGAGGUGCCGCCGCGUACAUCAGCGCGGAUUGCGCGAGCGGGUCCCCUCAGCACCUCGGGCCGCUGCUGGACGUGCUGCUCAACCCCAGCAAGGCCAUCGACGAGUGGGAGACGAUCGACUGGUGCCGCUGGCUGCUGGCUGGCGGCCGCACGCCCGACGAGUUCGCGGCCGUCGUGCGAAGCUACGACAAGCACGACAAAUGCGGCCUGGUGUGGAUCCCCCGCGUUGUCGCGUACCGCUGCCGCACGUGCGGCAUCUCUCCCUGCAUGUCCAUCUGCCGCGAGUGCUUCCACCGCGGCGACCACUCCACGCAUGACUUCAACAUGUUCCUGUCGCAGGCCGGCGGCGCGUGCGACUGCGGUGACAACUCCGUCAUGAAGGAGGACGGGUGGGUAACAGUAGACAAGUGCAUCUGCCCCUGCAUGCUCAUUUGCCGCGAGUGCUUCCACCGCGGCGACCACUCCACGCAUGACUUCAACAUGUUCCUGUCGCAGGCCGGCGGCGCGUGCGACUGCGGUGACAACUCCGUCAUGAAGGAGGACGGGUGGGUAACAGUAGACAAGUGCAUCUGCCCCUGCAUGCUCAUUUGCCGCGAGUGCUUCCACCGCGGCGACCACUCCACGCAUGACUUCAACAUGUUCCUGUCGCAGGCCGGCGGCGCGUGCGACUGCGGUGACAACUCCGUCAUGAAGGAGGACGGGUGGGUAACAGUAGACAAGUGCAUCUGCCCCUGCAUGCUCAUUUGCCGCGAGUGCUUCCACCGCGGCGACCACUCCACGCAUGACUUCAACAUGUUCCUGUCGCAGGCCGGCGGCGCGUGCGACUGCGGUGACAACUCCGUCAUGAAGGAGGACGGGUGGGUAACAGUAGACAAGUGCAUCUGCCCCUGCAUGCUCAUUUGCCGCGAGUGCUUCCACCGCGGCGACCACUCCACGCAUGACUUCAACAUGUUCCUGUCGCAGGCCGGCGGCGCGUGCGACUGCGGCGACAACUCCGUCAUGAAGGAGGACGGGUGGGUAACAGUAGACAAGUGCAUCUGCCCCUGCAUGCUCAUUUGCCGCGAGUGCUUCCACCGCGGCGACCACUCCACGCAUGACUUCAACAUGUUCCUGUCGCAGGCCGGCGGCGCGUGCGACUGCGGUGACAACUCCGUCAUGAAGGAGGACGGGUGGGUAACAGUAGACAAGUGCAUCUGCCCCUGCAUGCUCAUUUGCCGCGAGUGCUUCCACCGCGGCGACCACUCCACGCAUGACUUCAACAUGUUCCUGUCGCAGGCCGGCGGCGCGUGCGACUGCGGUGACAACUCCGUCAUGAAGGAGGACGGAUUCUGCAGCAACCAUGGAAACAAGUGUCCCAGGCCGGGCACAGCGCCCGCCGAACUCAUGUGUGUUGCUGAAGCCAUGAUGCCGCGCCUCAUACUGCGGCUACUGCAGCACUUUAGAGAGAACAGCGACCAACCCUCGGGCCAAGCACAACCUACAUCGAACAGCUACCGCAUAGCAGUCCAAGAGUGCGAGGGCUACGUGCAGAUGUUGAUGGAAUUUAACAACAUGGGCGACUUGAUGCGCUCCGCCAUGACCAAGGCGCUCAUCAACCCUCAGAUGUACAGAAACUUGGUGGAGCCGCCGUUCCCGGAGACGGAGUACGGAUGCUACAUGGCGGAGUCUAACCGCACCUACGAGAAGGCACUAGAUUCUUUCCCGGCGCCUGAGUAUUUUCCCGAUGAAUAUCGCCACCUACCCGCGCUCGCACCGCGGCUGUCUCACAACACGUUACUAGACGAGUUCAUCUUCUGGACGUUCAAGUACGAGUUCCCGCAGAACGUGGUCUGCUUCCUGCUCAACAUGCUGCCCGAUCAGGAUUAUAAAGAGCACCUCACCCGCACAUUCGUGAUGCACUACGCGCGCAUCCCCCUCGUGCUGGAAGCCGCCGGCGACCCCGACAUGCUCUCCAACCGCGUCGUCCACAUGUCCGUCCAACUCUUCUCUAAUGAAGCCUUAGCACUCCGCUGCGUCCAACAACUGCAUCUACUACACGUCAUGGUGUUGUCUUUGAAACUAAUGAUGGGAAAGAUUCUUGUACAAAAUACCCUUCAUGACCCAGAGAAGAACACGCAUAAAGUGAUAGACUGCACGCGCCGAGUGAUGAAGGAGCACUGCUACUGGCCUCUCGUGUCGGACUUCAACAACGUGCUCUCGCACAAGAGCGUGGCGCUGGUGUUCCUGCAGGACGACGCUCUCGUCGAGAUGUGGUUCCAGUUCCUGUCUAUGUUGCAGGGAAUGAAUGUAAACGUCCGCGAAACAGACGGGCACAUCGAGUUCGAGCCGUCCUCCUACUACGCCGCGUUCUCCUGCGAGCUAGAGGCGGCCGCAUAUCCCAUGUGGUCCGUCCUGUCGCACCUGACGAGUCCGCAGCACGCCCCUCUAGCCAAGAGGAUAGUCGCCGCCGCGGCUAAUUGCUUGCAAGAGUGGCUCGACGAGAUGCAGUGCACCACUCCGCGGGCACUCCAGGCCGGCACCAUGCACGCGUCGUUCCACUUCCCGCUGCACCGCUACCUGGCCGCGUUCCUGUGCAGCUGCGUGCGCACCCUCGGCGUGUCGGCGGCGGACGUGCUGCCCCCGCCCAGAGUGCUGGCCUUACUUGCUCACCACCCGCUCCGGGUCCAGGUCAGUGUCUGCACCGCUACCUGGCCGCGUUCCUGUGCAGCUGCGUGCGCACCCUCGGCGUGUCGGCGGCGGACGUGCUGCCCCCGCCCAGAGUGCUGGCCUUACUUGCUCACCACCCGCUCCGGGUCCAGCUGCGUGCGCACCCUCGGCGUGUCGGCGGCGGACGUGCUGCCCCCGCCCAGAGUGCUGGCCUUACUUGCUCACCACCCGCUCCGGGUCCAGGUCAGUGUCUGCACCGCUACCUGGCCGCGUUCCUGUGCAGCUGCGUGCGCACCCUCGGCGUGUCGGCGGCGGACGUGCUGCCCCCGCCCAGAGUGCUGGCCUUACUUGCUCACCACCCGCUCCGGGUCCAGGUCAGUGUCUGCACCGCUACCUGGCCGCGUUCCUGUGCAGCUGCGUGCGCACCCUCGGCGUGUCGGCGGCGGACGUGCUGCCCCCGCCCAGAGUGCUGGCCUUACUUGCUCACCACCCGCUCCGGGUCCAGGUCAGUGUCUGCACCGCUACCUGGCCGCGUUCCUGUGCAGCUGCGUGCGCACCCUCGGCGUGUCGGCGGCGGACGUGCUGCCCCCGCCCAGAGUGCUGGCCUUACUUGCUCACCACCCGCUCCGGGUCCAGGUCAGUGUCUGCACCGCUACCUGGCCGCGUUCCUGUGCAGCUGCGUGCGCACCCUCGGCGUGUCGGCGGCGGACGUGCUGCCCCCGCCCAGAGUGCUGGCCUUACUUGCUCACCACCCGCUCCGGGUCCAGGUCAGUGUCUGCACCGCUACCUGGCCGCGUUCCUGUGCAGCUGCGUGCGCACCCUCGGCGUGUCGGCGGCGGACGUGCUGCCCCCGCCCAGAGUGCUGGCCUUACUUGCUCACCACCCGCUCCGGGUCCAGGUCAGUGUCUGCACCGCUACCUGGCCGCGUUCCUGUGCAGCUGCGUGCGCACCCUCGGCGUGUCGGCGGCGGACGUGCUGCCCCCGCCCAGAGUGCUGGCCUUACUUGCUCACCACCCGCUCCGGGUCCAGAGUUUGUUCUACGAGAUCCUGGCCGGCAUCUGGGUACGCAACGGGCUGCAGAUCAAGGGGCAGGCCAUGACGUACAUCCAGGCCAACUUUUGCAAUUCCAUGGUGGACAUGGACAUUUACUGGCUGCAGAUCUGCGCCGCGCACCUCCCCGCCGACCAGUUCCUCGACAUGUGCAUCGACAUGUUUGGCGUCCGAGAGUGGCUGAGCAUGGUGCCAAUGCCACCGGUCCAGGCCGCCGAGCAAGACGCAAUGGUGGAGGGUCUACUCACUUUCCUAGCCAUCCUAGUUUCUUCGCGAACUAACCUUGGUAACGACGAGCUAACGCAGUCGCGGCUGGAAGUUAGCACACUGCUAGCUGCUGGCGACAAAACUCACUCGCAACUCCUAGAACUAAUGCCUGAGCGCUCCGGCAACGCACACACAAGGAACUUCGAAGUUGUCCUCAAAGAGCUAUCAACAUACCGGCCGCCUCCGCGCGGCUCCGAGAACCUCGAGCAAGGUCUCUUCGUGCCCACCCCGCUCGUGUGGCAGAAGUACUACGACCCCCUGCACGUGCUGCGUCGUGCAGUCCACAGGAGGGACUUCCACGCCUCCAUGGAGCGCUUCACCGCCUAUGUGCGCGAAAAACAAAAAGCAUCAGGGCAGGCCAGCACGAGCAAGCCAGGCGAGGGAGCGGCGUUGUGGCCUCCGUUACGACCCGCGGCCGCGCCUCCUCCUGAAGCCGGGGACCCCCGAGCCAUCUGCGCGUCAGGGGUGCUGCACGGCGCGCUGCUGGCCGUGCUGCACCGCGGCGUGCACCGGCGCGCGCCCGACGCCAGCGCGCCGCACGCGCCGCCCGACCACGUGCUGGCGCUGGCCGUGUACCUGCUGGACGUGGCCGCGCAGCUGGCCGCCGAGCGCGCCUCCGACCACGACCUGGACGUGAUGGUGGCGGGCGGCGAGGGCGGCUCGCGCGGCGCGGCGGUGUCGGGGCGGCCGCUGCUGGGCGCGCUGGGCGGCGCGCUGCCCGACAACGCGCGCACCGUGGUGGCGCGCCUGCCGCCGCCGCGCGCGCCCGCGCCCCGGCCCGGGCCCGUCUACCCGCACCACUGCCACUCCGACAGUGACACGGAGUGGGAGCCGACAGAAACGGAAUCAGCUCGAAUAUCACCGAUGAAGUCAGCGCUGCUGUCCGCGAUGAGCACCGCGCUGGCUGUGCCACCGAAUUUAGAUAUGGUGCCGAACUCGGCGGAGCCGGUGGACGCCGACGACCAGUCCGACGGCGGCGGCGACGCCACGCCAAUCAGAGCUUUAGAGAGUGGCAGUAUCAGCUCAGCUGCGGAAGGCAGCCGAGCCCUCGCCCUGCCAAUGCCAAUGUCGGGCACUGACACUGACAUGGCCGACGACAUGUCGUUGGCACUCAACGAGCGGGAAUCAUCACCUCCUGCCUCGAUACCUAUCGAAUACGACGUGUCCACCCCCGAGUGGAGCGUGAGCCUGCGCGAGCCCUCGCCGCCGCCCGCGCUGCCCUGCGCCGCCCCCCGGCCCUCCGCCAACACACAGGUGCAACUACAUACGGGCACAGACGAUUCGAUCCCCGUCAACGAGUCCAUCAUCUCCCUGCUGCUGAAGCUGCACUCGCAGCUGUCCGGGCGGCUCGACUCGUUCUCUCUGGAGGAACCUGAGCCAGCGGCUGACGAGCCUAUUGGUGACGGUCCACAUUUCAUCGGCCAAGUGCUGCGAAAGCUAGCACGACUGGACGCGCGCUGCGCGGGCGCCAUCGCCCACGUGCGGCACUCGCUGUGGCCGCACCAGCGCGAGCGGCAGGCGGAGCAGCGGGCCAGGGAACGCCGCGAAAAAGAAGAACGCUCCCGCCGCGCCCGUGAACGCCAACAGCAGAUGAUGAAGGAAUUCCAGCGACGUCAGCAGCAGUUCCUCAGCGCCAUGCAGCGGAUGGACCCCGAGCCCAUGGACCUGGACGCCGACGCCGACUACGACUGCGUCAUCUGCAACACCAGCUCCGUCUCCACCCCGCAGCACCCCAUCGGCAGGGUGGUGCUGCUGCAGUCCACCUCCGUGCUGGGCCACCGCCGCCGCCAGGACAGUGGAGGCGCGCGCCUGGCACUGUCGGAGCGCGAGCGGGCGCGGCUCGCGGAGCAGCGCGACACGACGGCCGCGGCGCACCACUACCGCCUGCACGACGAGCUGCAGCAACACUUCGACCAGGAAGCGUGGCUGCUGUCGGUGUCGGUGGGGCUGGAGGGCGGCGUGCACGUGGCGUCGUGCGGGCACCACCUGCACGUGCGCUGCCUGGCCGCCUACCUGCGCUCGCUGGCCGCGCCCGCGCGCCCGCACAACCUGCACGUGGCCGGCGGCGAGUUCCUGUGCCCCGUGUGCCGCCAGCUGGCCAACAGGUACCUCACACGUGUUGCAGCGUGGCUGCUGUCGGUGUCGGUGGGGCUGGAGGGCGGCGUGCACGUGGCGUCGUGCGGGCACCACCUGCACGUGCGCUGCCUGGCCGCCUACCUGCGCUCGCUGGCCGCGCCCGCGCGCCCGCACAACCUGCACGUGGCCGGCGGCGAGUUCCUGUGCCCCGUGUGCCGCCAGCUGGCCAACAGGUACCUCACACGUGUUGCAGCGUGGCUGCUGUCGGUGUCGGUGGGGCUGGAGGGCGGCGUGCACGUGGCGUCGUGCGGGCACCACCUGCACGUGCGCUGCCUGGCCGCCUACCUGCGCUCGCUGGCCGCGCCCGCGCGCCCGCACAACCUGCACGUGGCCGGCGGCGAGUUCCUGUGCCCCGUGUGCCGCCAGCUGGCCAACAGGUACCUCACACGUGUUGCAGCGUGGCUGCUGUCGGUGUCGGUGGGGCUGGAGGGCGGCGUGCACGUGGCGUCGUGCGGGCACCACCUGCACGUGCGCUGCCUGGCCGCCUACCUGCGCUCGCUGGCCGCGCCCGCGCGCCCGCACAACCUGCACGUGGCCGGCGGCGAGUUCCUGUGCCCCGUGUGCCGCCAGCUGGCCAACAGGUACCUCACACGUGUUGCAGCGUGGCUGCUGUCGGUGUCGGUGGGGCUGGAGGGCGGCGUGCACGUGGCGUCGUGCGGGCACCACCUGCACGUGCGCUGCCUGGCCGCCUACCUGCGCUCGCUGGCCGCGCCCGCGCGC